AUGCCCGAGUUACCACCAAAUUUUACCUUUAAAGAAUGGACAUCCGAUACAAUACCAAAAACUGACCUUGAAGCGUGUUACAAGCUGGUGCGACGGCUGAAACCAAUGUAUGAAUCUUCAGGCUAUGGCUGGAACACGGCACAAAAGCGACAAGAAAUGGUCAAAGACGAUCUUCUGUAUUUUAUAGUCUAUGAACCCAAAGAUAAGCUUGCCGCCUUUUUAUCUUUUACACCUAGUGAUCAAGAAUUUUUGGAUGAUGAGGAAAUUCCAUCCGGCCAAAAAAACAGUACUGUGACAUACAUUUAUGAGCUGCAUAGCAAAGUAACUGGGUUGGGAUUGGGCCAGUUUCUAGUUGAAAGGGCUAAGGAGCGAGCACGCAAAACAAUUGGAGUCGAAAAGAUCAUGCUGACAGUUUUUGCAGUAAACACGAGAGCACAAAACUUUUACAUGUGGAAUGGGUUUUCAAUUUACACAAAUGAUACACAUAAAGUGGAAGAAGCGCGACAAGAGAUUGUUCACAUGGAACCACGAACUCGAAGGCAACAACUAGAAUUACCAAAACAUAACUGGCAUCCAGACUUGAUUUUGAAAAAUGCACCCAGUAACUUGCGCGGCUGGUUUCAGAUGAGUUGUGAGGUCUAA